UAGUUGCGCUUUGCUGCAAAAGCAAUUGCUACAAUUUUCUUUACAUCGUUGUCCAUAAACUCGGCAAAAUAGCUAAAUCCAUUUUACAAUUUCUAAAAAAGAAAAAAUCCCAUCAUAGUUCAGGAACGGGAAGCGGCAGCGGCAGUGGAUCAGAGGGCAAGCUACAGCAGCAGCACAGCAACGAGGAGGAAGGCGGUGGUGCAGGGGGAGGACAGCAGGAAGCAGCCGCCGCUAGCCACAAAAUAACACCGCCGACCAAUACGACAGCAACUGCAGCAUCAACUGCAACAGCAGCAUCAGCAACUGGAGUAGCAUCCUCAUCCACAUCCUCAUCAACAGCAGCAGGAGCAUCCGCUGGAGCGAGUUCCGCAGCCGGCGAGGCAACCAGCAAAAAGGAUUCUGAGCAGGAGCAGGCAGGAAACAGCAGCAACAGCAGCUCGCCCCAAGCUCAAGUCUCAGCCAGCGCCACGUUUCGUUUGUCGUCGUUGACGGGCACCAUCUCGAAAAUGGGCAACAACGCGACCACAUCCAACAAGAAGGUGGAUGCCGCCGAAACGGUCAAGGAGUUCCUCGAACAGGCCAAGGAGGAGUUCGAGGACAAGUGGCGUCGCAAUCCAACCAAUACCGCUGCUCUCGAUGACUUUGAGAGGAUCAAGACGCUGGGCACCGGCUCCUUUGGCCGUGUGAUGAUCGUGCAACACAAGCCAACAAAAGACUAUUAUGCCAUGAAGAUACUGGACAAGCAGAAGGUGGUCAAGCUGAAGCAGGUCGAGCAUACGCUUAAUGAGAAACGCAUCCUGCAGGCCAUACAGUUUCCAUUUCUCGUCUCGUUGCGUUACCACUUCAAGGACAACUCCAAUCUCUACAUGGUGCUCGAGUAUGUUCCGGGCGGCGAGAUGUUCUCGCAUCUGCGCAAAGUCGGACGCUUCUCGGAGCCCCAUUCCCGCUUCUAUGCGGCACAAAUUGUGCUGGCCUUUGAGUAUCUGCAUUAUCUGGACCUCAUCUAUCGCGAUCUGAAGCCGGAGAAUCUGUUGAUUGACUCGCAGGGCUAUCUGAAGGUCACCGAUUUUGGCUUUGCCAAACGUGUCAAGGGUCGCACCUGGACGCUAUGCGGCACCCCCGAAUACUUGGCACCCGAGAUCAUCCUGUCCAAGGGCUAUAACAAGGCAGUCGACUGGUGGGCGUUGGGUGUUUUGGUCUAUGAAAUGGCAGCCGGAUAUCCGCCAUUCUUUGCGGAUCAACCGAUACAGAUCUAUGAGAAAAUCGUUUCCGGUAAGGUGCGCUUCCCAUCGCACUUUGGGUCCGAUCUAAAGGAUCUGUUGCGCAAUCUGUUGCAAGUGGAUCUGACCAAACGCUAUGGCAAUCUGAAAGCGGGCGUCAAUGAUAUUAAGAACCAGAAAUGGUUCGCCUCCACGGACUGGAUUGCGAUCUUCCAAAAGAAAAUCGAAGCGCCGUUCAUACCGCGGUGUAAAGGUCCCGGCGACACAAGCAAUUUCGAUGAUUACGAGGAGGAGGCCCUGCGAAUUUCCAGCACCGAAAAGUGCGCCAAGGAGUUUGCUGAAUUCUAGAAGAUGCACAUAUUGGUCGCAUUCUCGUCACCUUCGUUACCAUCGUCGUUGUUGUCGUCUCGUCUAUAUGUCUACUACUAUAUACUAUUAGUACUACAACUGCUGCAAAUGCAAAUGCAACUGCAACUGCAAAUGCAACUACAACUGCAACUAAAACUACAGCUACAACUACAACUAUAACUGAAACUAUUACAUCUACUUGCGUCUAGUUGGGCAAAUACUUACCAUACAAACUUGUCAUCAUCUGAUACCAAAUUGGGAUUUCUCAUACCCGACAAAUAACAAAUAGCACAACUAGUAGUGGAACUUGAACGCUCCCCUCACAAUACUGAUGAACGCAUUUUCGAUCAAAAAAUGGGAUUUGUAAUAAAGGAGCAAAGUGAGCAGCGAGCGAGAGAAUGACAGAGAAGAGGAAUUUCCAACUACAUGGCAAACAUCAGCAGUUAAAAUAACAAACAAACAAAUAAUAAGUAAAAACAGUUUAUGGUAAAACACAUAAAUAAUCAUUCAUAACAUAUAGCGUAUAGUAUAACCACGAGACUACAGAUAUUUAGUUGUAAAGUACAUAGUUUAGUUUAACUGAAAAGAGAAAAUAACAGAGGAGAACGCAAAAGAAAACAAUGCAAAGGCUAAAAGAGAACUUCGGUAAAAUGGCGAAACAAGAUGAAAGUGUUUUUAAGUCAACCACAAGAAACACCCCCUUAACAAUCACACACAAUAACAACAACAACCAGAUAUAGAACAAGAAUAUUUGUGAAAGUAUGAAACGCUUUAUUAAUUUAUAAAUUAAAUACAAAUAAAAUGAUGGCGCACUUAGUGUGGUAAUAAAAAACAAAACAAAACAAACAAACAAGAAAAAAAAGCAAAAAGAGAAAUUAAGUUGUUUAAAAGAACGUAAAAAAACGAGAAUGAUGAAAGUUCUCUCUCGGCGAAGUUUUCACAAAGUCUCGUACUCGUAACAUCGUGAAGAUAUCGUAAACAAGUCAACCAAGAGUUAAGAUUCGUGCGUUAGUUAAACCGAGUUUACUGAUGGGAAUGCAUUAUAAUAACUACAAAUUAGUGUUGCAUAAGGCGCUCCAAAGUAUACAAAACAAAACAAAUACGAAAAAAAAACAAUCGCUGAAAUUCUUAUGUGCCCUCUGGCCGAUGCCUCCUGCCCCUCCCGCCCCUCUGCUACUUACUGAGCUUACAUUUAGCUCUCGAUGUUGUAGGCGUUCUAGACAUACGGAUACAUAUGUACUAUAAAUGUUGUACAAUCAGCGACGACGUGCAACAAUAAAAACAAAAACAAAAACAAAAAUACAAAUAACAUCUACAAUACAAAAGAAGAGCACACACAAAAAGAAUGAAAGGUAAAGAUAAAGAUAAAGAGAAAACAGCCGAAAGUUAAUCAACAUCCAAUAGACACACAUACACACACAUGCUCAUCAACAGUGGCACCUAAAAGUAAGCGCACUCACCGAACAUACAUAUACAUACAUACAAACACACAUAUUUACAACAUACAUAUUAGAAAGUUAUACGUGGCAAAUCCACGUAUCGCUCGCAGGAUCUAGUGCAAAAAUGCGCCAGAAAGAACCACAUGAACUACUCAAAUUCUAAAAUAAAUAAUAAAUAUUAACAUGGAGAACAUACAAAGCAUACAAAACAUAUAAAACAUAAUAUAUAUGGUAUAAAUAUAUAUUAUAAAAAAAAACAACAGCAAAAAUGCAGCAACAAAAAAAUCUAAA